AUGAAUAAACAUGCGCUAUAUAAUGGACGCACAGACAGUUCUUUGAUAGAUAUCAUAGAACAUGGGCUUAAGAGUAAUAAAGGGUUUGUUGAUAAUUUAAAGUGGAUAAUUGAUAAAAUAUUAAUCUCUAGAAACCAAUUGAAUAGACAUUCUGAAAGUCCGUUCUAUGAUUUUAAUUAUCCUAAUUACGAAACAUGCAAAGAAUUAAUAAACAAUGAUAAAUAUUCUGAUGUUGAUUUUAUAAUAAUACUUUUUGACUGGUGUGACUUAUAUGAUGAAAAAAGGGGAUUAAGUGAUGUGGCACUUGAAUUAGCACAUUAUUUAAAGAGACCUAAAUACAUAAAAGAAAAGAAAGAAAUAGAAGAUGAAAAUGAAAAUAUUAUAAACUCACAAAUCCCAAGGGAGGUAGGUAUGAAAGUAAAUACUAAUUUAAUUUUUGAUAAAUUAGAUGUGGAAAAUAUAGAUAUACGUAUUGUUCGUGAUACAUACAAAGACUAUUAUAAAAAAAAAACAUUCGCCUUCAAUUCCUAUGAUUAUAUACAUAAAAUACCUACAUAUCUAAAUCCAUAUAUUCCUAGAUACACUAAAUACGAGAUAGUUAAUGAUUUUGAUAAAGCAUAUUACUUAUAUGAAAAUGGAGAUAGAAGCAAUGAGGUAUUAUCUAAAUUGUUUUCUGAGGAGCCAGACAAGUAUGAUGAAUAUAUGGGUGAAUCAGAGUUCUUUCUAGUAUUUGCUAGACAUGAUAUAGAUUGUCGUCAUAUAAAAUCAAAAAAAUAUCAUAAAUUCAAGUAUAAUAUAUUAUACAUUAAUAUAUUAUUUCCAAAUAGUACACAACCGUUUGAAGAAUACAUAGAUAUUCCUGAGUAUAAUUUAUAUGUUGCUGCUGUGAAAAUGAAUAAUAAACUGGUUAUAAAAAAAUUAUUAGAGUUUAAUAAGGAACAUGGAAAAUUUUACAAGAAAAUGGAUUUAGAGAAACAGGUAUAUAUAGACGAAGAAAUUUAUGAAAUACCAGAGAUCGAACCAUUGAAUUUGAUAACUGGUGAUAUUUUAAAUCCGUAUCAUGAGUUAAAAAAAGUCUAG